AUGUCAUCAAAUACAUCAAAUCCAAUCUUUGUGGAUCCAUCAAUUGUCACACUUGAAAAGGACGUAUCGAAUUUGCUGUCGUCGAAUCAAAAUAAGCUGCGUCCGGAAAAGGAGAGGAAACAAUCUCAUUCAUCGAUACAUAACUUGGAGCCAGGGAAUGCAUUGAGUAGGUUGUUGGACAGUGCGAUGGCCCACGCGGCAAAAGAAUCUACACCAGAACCGGGAAUGGGAGACACUGAUCCGAUUUUGAAAGAAGAGAAUGCUGAGGUCUCGCAAUUGGAGGUCCUUUUAAAUACGAUCCCACCUUCAAAGCAAGGAAAAGAGAAUAUAUACUCGGUUUACCAAUUGCUCAAAUUGAAAUCUGAUGUCGAUGACGUGCCUCAUGUAAAGGAUUUGUUGCCUGAAAUGUCGUUUUGGAGAUUAAAGUCCCAGCGCGAGCCACACCCCAGACAUUUGAGUAACAACUUGAACUCAGAGAAUGGUGCAUACAAGGGUAAAAAGUUUAAAAAGCAUCAGAAUGAGACGUGGGAAAGAGGCAAGCAUUAUGGUAAUGAAAAUACCAAGCCGGAUCAUUUCACCCGUAGGGGUAGUCGUCAUGGAUUUGUGAAAUCAGAGGAAUUGGAUUCACUUUCAAGUGAAAAAAUAUCGCAAUUACUAGGCGAGGGACCUGAAGAAUUAGAACCUGAAUGGGAUGAUGAAAUUCUAGGUGAUGGAAAAAUUGGUAAAUCUGGUGAAGAUGAUUUAGCUCACAUGUCAAUGUUGAACAUGGGGCAAACGGUGGAGGAUUUUGAGAAAUGGAAAUAUCAAAUGAAGUUGCAAGAAAAGAGGAAAAAGGGUGAAGUUGUCGACGAUGAAAUUGAACAGCAACAAAUUGCUGACGAUGAGAGCGCUGCGAAAAAUGCUGGUAACGAAGUUGAUAACUUCUUUUCAUUUAUCAAACCCACUCAUAAAGAACCAACAAUUGAAGAAGAGGUUGUUACUGCUGCCGUAGAAGAGCCAGCUCAAGUAAAUUCUGGAUCAAGUAAUGCUAAUAACCGUUCAUCCCGUUUUUCAUCGUUUUUCCAACAACCCAGCAGUGCUCCAAAAGCUAGUCAAGUAGGUAAGAGUGCCGAGGAGGGCAAACAAAAGCAGCAAGCUCUGGCCACUAUGCCUCCUCCAGGAUUUUCCAAGUUUUUCGGCGGACAAAAGAGUGCUCCACAAACACCUCAAUAUUCUUCGGAACCGUCUUUGUUGAAUGCAAAUGAGACAAGAUUGCCCCAAUUAAGGAAUGAAUCUUCGUCAUGGUCAUCACCACAAGGUCCAUCACGAGCUCAGUUGCAGCAACCACCACAACCAGGGAUUUCCGUGGAGCAGCAACAACAACCACCUAUGCCACAUCAAUCUUCGAAUGAUAGUUUUUUCCUUUCUUUGUUGAAAAAGAAAGAAGGCACUCAACCAUCGCCUUCUUCUGCAGCCGCAGCACCUGUAGUUGAACGUCCAUCGAAUAGUAUACCCAAUCAGAAGCUAUCUAAUGUGCCAGGGACAAGUUUGUCUGAAGUAAACGCUCCGCCUGGUGAGUUAAAUAGAAAAGCAUCUGUUGGUAAUGCAGGUGAAGUUCACAAUAGGGGUGCUCCUCCUCAGCAGCAGCAGCAACACCACAACCAACAACAACAACAACAGCAACAGCAACAGCAACAGCAACAGCCAGUUAAUCCAAAUCAAUUUCCUCCUGGUUUGAUUCCACCAGGCCAAUUUCCUCCUUGGAUGAGGGGACCACCGCAACAGAUGGGCAAUUUCCCACAAGGUUUUCAACCACCAAUGCCAUAUAGCCCGCUGCAACAACCCCGUCAACAAGAAGACCAAGGCAAAAAUGAUAAAGAGGUAAAUCCAAGUCAAUCACCUCAGCAGCAACAACAACGGCAGCAACCUCGAUUUCCAUUUCCAUCCGGGCAGCCAGGCCAGCAACACCCAGGUAAUCGCAUGCCAAUGCCUCCACCAGGUAUGUUUCCUAAUGGGUUCAUGCCACCUAUGCCACCUCCAGGAACCAACUUCCCACCGGGUCAAGGUCCACCACCUGGGUUUCGUCAACCACAAAUUCCACCUGAAUUUUUGAACAAUCCAAAUGCUAGAUUCAUACCACCGCAAUACUUAGGAAUGCAAGGAGGAUCACCGCAAAUGCCACCUCCUGGGCUUCAACAACAACCACGCGGAGUGCAACAAGGACUAAACCCACAUCAACCGCAACCACAGCAACCGCAACCGCAACAACCAACACCACCACAACAGCAGCAGCAGGAGAAACAAUAA